GAUGAAUCACAUCACAUAUAUUGUAUCGAGUCUAGUCUCUACAAUCACUCCUUCCUCUCAUCCUCUAUAAAGAAAGUGCUUAAUUUGUGUUGUUACUUGGUUCAGUUUCCAUGGAUUGGGGGCUUGCUAUAUCUUCUCAUCCUAAACCUUAUUCAGUCACAACUGGUGGAAAUCUCUGGCGGAGUAAACACACCACCAAGAAUAUUUACUUUGCAAGUUCUUGGAUAUCAAAAGCUUCACGACACAAAAGGGAAACUCAAAUAGAACAUAAUGUUUUGAGGUUCCAACAACCAAGUUUGGAUCAUCAUUACAAAUGCAUCGGAGGAGGGUCUACAUAUCAAGAAUGCAAUAGAAAAUUUGUUGUGAAGGCAAUCUCUAAACAACCUCUUGGUUUUGAAGCUCAUGCUUCCAAUCCUAAGAACAUUUUGGACUCUGUCAAAAAUGUAUUGUCUGCUUUCUACUGGUUUUCCUAUCCAUACACAAUGAUUGGCAUAACAUUAUGCGCAUUUUCUUCAUCUCUUCUCGCGGUGGAAAAAUUAUCAGAUAUAUCUUUAUCAUUUUUAAUUGGCGUGUUACAGGGUGUGCUGCCUCAAUUGUUUAUUGAAAUUUAUCUUUGUGGUGUGAAUCAACUGUAUGACCUUGAAAUAGACAAGAUAAACAAACCACAUCUUCCAAUGGCAUCUGGACAAUUUUCCUUUAAAACCGGUGUCAUUAUUUCUGCAGCAUUUUUAGCUCUGAGUUUUGGAUUUACUUGGAUUACCGGCUCUUGGCCAUUGAUUUGUAAUCUUGUAGUAAUCGCUUCAUCGUGGACGGCUUAUUCAAUCGAUGUGCCCCUACUGAGAUGGAAGAGAUACCCAUUUGUCGCAGCAAUGUGCAUGAUUUCUACUUGGGCUCUUGCAUUGCCAAUUUCAUAUUUCCAUCACAUGCAGACCGUUGUGUUGAAGAGGCCAAUUGGCUUUCCAAGAUCAUUGGGUUUUCUUGUUGCAUUCAUGACCUUCUACUCCUUGGGUUUGGCAUUGUCCAAGGAUAUACCUGACGUUGAAGGAGAUAAAGAGCACGGCAUUGAUUCUUUUGCAGUACGUCUAGGUCAGAAACGGGCAUUUUGGAUUUGCGUUUCCUUUUUUGAAAUGGCUUUCGGAGUUGGUAUCCUGGCCGGAGCAUCAUGCUCACACUUUUGGACUAAAAUUUUCACGGGUAUGGGAAAUGCUGUUCUUGCUUCAAUUCUCUGGUACCAAGCCAAGUCCGUAGAUUUGAGCGACAAAGCUUCCACUGGAUCUUUCUAUAUGUUCAUCUGGAAGCUAUUGUAUGCAGGGUUCUUUCUCAUGGCUUUAAUUAGAUAAGGAUAUCGUGGAAGGCUUAAACAAUGUUCUCGACACAUACACCAAAAUAAAAGGAAUAUAUGUUUUGCAUCUAAGAUUUAUUAAAUAAAGCCGAAUGUUGGUUCUUGUAUCAUUAAGAUUUUUUUUUUAAUUGUCGAAGACUUUAUGUAUUCAUAUUCACCUUGACUUCUACGGUCAAAUUUUUCAUAAGUGGAAUAAAAGCAACUUGUUAUACAAGUUUUUUUUUUU